CCCUUCCCUUCACGACCGAGCCGGAGCCGGGGAAGGCGCCUCCGCAACUCCUCCUGCCCCGCCGGUGCCGCCCGCCGCCCGCAGCAUGAUCUGGAAAACUCUCCCGUUGCUCUGCGCCCUGCUGGCCGCCGCCCGCCUGCGAGCCGAGGAAGAGCCAAGGAGCAAAUCUAAGAUCUGUGCCAAUGUUUUCUGUGGAGCUGGGCGUGAGUGUGCAGUGACAGAGAAGGGAGAGCCAACCUGCCUCUGCAUUGAGAAAUGCAAACCUCACAAGAGGCCUGUGUGCGGGAGCAAUGGCAAGACGUACCUGAACCACUGUGAGCUGCACCGUGACGCCUGCCUCACCGGCUCCAAGAUCCAGGUGGAUUACGAUGGCCACUGCAAAGAGAAGAAGUCUGAGAAUCCAGCUGCAAGUCCAGUUGUCUGCUACCAGUCGGACAGGGACGAGCUUCGUCGCCGGGUCAUCCAGUGGCUGGAAGCUGAGAUUAUCCCAGAUGGGUGGUUCUCCAAGGGCAGUAACUACAGUGAAGUCCUGGAUAAAUAUUUCAAGAGCUUUGAUGAUGGUGAUUCUCGCUUGGACUCCACUGAAUUCCUGAAAUUUGUGGAGCAGAAUGAGACUGCCAUCAACAUCACCACCUACAUGGACCAGGAGACAAACAAGUUGCUCAGGGGACUCUGCGUAGAUGCCCUCAUCGAGCUGUCAGAUGAAAAUGCUGACUGGAAGCUCAGCUUCAAUGAAUUUCUCAAGUGCCUCAGCCCAUCCUUCAACCCACCUGAGAAAAAGUGUGCCCUGGAAGAUGAGACCUAUGAGGACGGAGCAGAGACUGAGGUGGAGUGCAACCGCUGCGUCUGUGCCUGUGGAAACUGGGUGUGCACCGCAAUGACAUGCGAGGGGAGGAAUGAAAAGGUGCCUGCUCAGAGACACCGACCUGAUCAAGAUUUGACUGAGGAGGAGAUGGCCAGAUAUGUUGAAGAACUGCAGAAGCAUCAGGAGACGGCUGAGAAGACCAAGAGAAUGAGCGCCAAGGAGAUGUAAGGGGCCUCCACAGAGGAGGAGCCCAGGAGGACGGGCCCAACCUGCCACCCUGUCCUCCAGUGCUGAUCUCAGUAUGCACAAGUGUCUGCUACAGUUGCCCAGUCACAGAUAUUUACAUGUAUAGCGAUGGGUUAUUUGUUUUGUAAUACACAAAGAAUGGGGCCAGGAUAGGGGAGCAGAGCCCACCUGUUCAGGGAGCUUCAUUGCUGGGACCUUGGAAGGCUGGGAGGGACUUAGAGCAGCCUCUGGGACCCUUUCCCAGAGCAGACCACUGCUCCCUCCAAGAACUAACAGGGAUUUCUCGUUCCCCUGGAUCUGGGGAAAGGAUGGAGGUCAAUGCUGGAUAGAAAAGGGGGUCUUCAGUAAAUACAGUUGUCAGCACCAGCCUUGGCUGCAGAAAUACAGGCCUGGCAGUUUUGUGGCUGAACACGUGUGCUGCAGGGCAUCAUUAUCCAAGGACUUUACCCUUUGCUUCGAGCUCCUCAAAGCUGGUCUGCCUGGUGUGACACCUGGGAGAUGCGGUGCCAUGCUGCUGGCAUGAGUCCAGCACAUUCCUCCUUGCUUUCCACCAGACUGUCCCCAGCAGCUCCUCCAGUACAUUGUGGGCUCCAACACAACAUGGUUCCUUUUGACCUCGUCUCACUCUUACUCUCCCUGCCCCCUCCUUAGAGGUGCUAUCGUAUUUUUUUCUUAUCACAUUCACAUGCUGACUCCCCCUUUUUUUUUUUUUUUUU